AAGCGACAAGAAAAAGAAAAAAGAAAAAUUAGAUGAGAGAGAGAGAGAGGGAGGUUUUAGAGAGAGAAAAUCUGAGCCAAAAAAGACAGCUUUGACUCUCAUUCAUAUUCAUUCACACUUUGAGAAACUGAUCCUUUCAAAUUCACAUUCUGCUCUUUCCCAAACCCUUCAUUUCUUCUCCUCCCCACUAUUAAGUCAAGCUCUUGGCCUUCAUAUCUCAAAACUCAUCUGGGUCUUCCUCCAUAUUUUUUCUCAGUCACCUAAAAUUUCUAAGAUUUAUUGGUGGGUUUUGUUUCUCUAACAUUUUGGCCUAAUAUCUUCUGGGCCUGUAGAUUCUUGGAAAUAAAAAUACCCUCUUGCUCUCUUUUCCAGAAAAAGCUUGAAGAAUUUCAAAGUUUGAGGCUCUGAUCCAAUGGGAAAUUGCUGUGCAAGCCCCAGUACUCCUUCUCAGAAUAAAAACAAGAAGCACAAGAAGAAACCCAAUCCAUUUUCUGUUGAUUACGCUGUGGCCAAUGGAACUGGAGGUGGGAGCAAGCUCUGGGUCUUGAAAGAUCCCACGGACCAUGACAUCUCGGCCAAUUGUGAGCUCGGCCGUGAGCUGGGCCGAGGUGAAUUCGGGGUCACGUACUUGUGUACCGAUUUGUCCUCUGGCGAAAAGUUCGCCUGCAAAUCGAUAUCCAAGAAGAAGCUUAGGACUGCUGUGGAUAUUGAGGAUGUGAGGAGGGAGGUGGAGAUUAUGAGGCAUUUGCCUAAGCACCCGAACAUUGUGACUUUGAAGGAUACUUAUGAGGAUGACCAGGCGGUUCACAUUGUGAUGGAAUUGUGCGAGGGCGGUGAGCUGUUCGAUCGGAUUGUGGCAAGGGGGCAUUACACAGAACGCGCUGCUGCAGGCGUUAUGAGGACCAUUGUUGAAGUUGUCCAGAUGUGUCACAAGCAUGGAGUGAUGCAUCGUGAUCUCAAACCAGAGAACUUUUUGUUUGCAAACAAGAAGGAAACAUCCCCCUUGAAGGCAAUUGAUUUUGGGUUGUCUGUAUUCUUCAAACCUGGUGAGCAGUUUAAUGAGAUCGUGGGUAGUCCCUAUUACAUGGCUCCAGAGGUUCUGAAGCGCAAUUAUGGCCCAGAGGUUGAUGUGUGGAGUGCUGGAGUUAUCUUGUAUAUUUUACUUUGUGGUGUUCCACCAUUCUGGGCAGAAACUGAACAAGGGGUAGCACAGGCAAUCAUUCGCUCCGUCAUUGAUUUUAAGAGGGACCCAUGGCCUAAAGUCUCUGAUAACGCAAAGGACCUUGUGAAGAAAAUGCUUGAUCCUGAUCCUAAGCGGCGGCUUAAAGCUCAGGAAGUGCUUGAUCAUCCUUGGAUACAAAAUGCAAAAAGGGCUCCAAAUGUUCCACUGGGUGAGACUGUGAAAGCAAGGCUCAAACAAUUUUCAGUGAUGAACAAGCUCAAAAAAAGAGCUCUAAGGGUGGUGGCUGAGCAUUUGUCAGUGGAGGAAGUGGCUGGCAUAAAGGAAGCCUUUGAUAUGAUGGACACCGGCAACAGAGGCAAGAUAAACCUUGAGGAACUUAGGGUAGGGUUGCUGAAGCUUGGCCAACAGAUUUCUGAUGCAGAUCUUCAAAUCCUAAUGGAAGCUGCUGAUGUUGACGGCGAUGGAGCUCUAAAUUAUGGAGAGUUUGUUGCUGUUUCAGUGCAUCUUAAAAAAAUGGGCAAUGAUGAGCAUCUACACAAAGCUUUUGCAUUCUUUGAUCAAAACCAGAGUGGUUACAUAGAGAUUGAAGAGCUGCGGGAUGCUUUGAAUGAUGAACCAGACGCCAACAGUGAGGAAGUUAUCAAUGCCAUUAUGCAUGACGUGGACACAGACAAGGAUGGGCGCAUAAGUUAUGAAGAGUUUGCUGCUAUGAUGAAAGCUGGUACAGACUGGAGAAAAGCAUCCAGGCAAUAUUCACGAGAAAGAUUCAACAACCUCAGCUUAAAGUUGAUGAGGGAUGAGUCUUUACAGCUAGCCAAUGAGGGUAGAUGAACGAACAAUUAUUACAAAAUAACUGAUGUUUGGGAAAUGAAAAUAUUCUUUCUUUUUCUUGGUUUUAUGCAACCAUUGUUAUUUUUUCCAUUUUAUUUCCUUAUGAGACCUUCCAUUAGGUAGAUCAGGAUGAGGGUCUUAAUGUUUUCAUCAAAUAGCUAUCUUUAGGAUCUGUUUGUUUUGUGGUAGUUGCCGGGGAAAGAAAAUAUUAGUGUUAGGGAGAAUUUGGUCGACUUGUUAUCAAGAAAUAUGUGGUUGUAAAUAUAUCAAUUAGGCCCACAGGCCCUUUUCAUUA